CGUUUUCGGAGCUCAUCCAGCGUUUACUAACUUGACUAUGUAUUGCAUUCGUCACACUGCUGCAUCGUCGAAAGCAUGCGCGAGCGCUAAGGCUUUCCCGGUUCCGUAAAUCCGAAGCUUGUCGGAUUAAGCUCAGGUACGGCCGUUCACUUGACAAAACAGCCAACGGCGGUUUUUCAACUCUCUGCUUGUGAUGUCCCGUAAGGCAACACCAUCCCUGUCUUUGUGUAGUCGGUCGUCUUGCCGCAUUCGAAUUUUUUUUUACUCCGAUUAGUUGUCUGCGGAAACGAGCACACCGUAUCUUGACCCGGUGGAAGUGCUCAUGGGUAGGCUUUUCUGUGUCGUGUAGCUCACCUUGUAAGCGUUUUCUUCCAUUUUCUUCAGUUCAUCUGUUUUCUGGCGCAGUUUCCGGUCACCUUACAUGUCGCACUGCCGUUUUCCACAGCGGUCAGUGUUCCGCUCCUUCCAGAAUGGACUUCCUCUCUGGAGGAAGGAAGGGUAGAGUUUGCGCAAAACGUUUCCGACUCUCACCCAUUCUUUGGUUUGCCAGUGCCCUCGUCCUCAUUCCUCUCGGCUGUUCUCCCUUCAAGACGGACGUUGCGUUGUCGUCGCCUUUCUCCCCGUACCGGCCUUCCAUUCAUUCCGCUUCCACUUCUGCUUCCGCUCAAGAACCGCCGGCGUCUGUACAUCCGACUCCAUCCGCUGUUCCCUCGGAUCCCCAAGUAGCGAGCCGAGUGGGACCUCACGGAGCCACAAAAAGCGGUUUUUCUCGUGCUACUCGCGAAAAUGUUCCCGCCUUUCCCUCGCGUGACCCUUCAUUUUCGACUUCCGUCCCGUCCUCUACCGUCUCUGAGACAGACAGCGGGAUAUUCGUUGUUUCUAGUCAAGACCCGGUAGCGAAUCAGGAUCAUGGAAUUUCCUCUGUGCCGUCCACUGCGAGUGAGCCUGACUCGGGCGUGGACCAUGCACUGUUUGUUAUUCCAGGCAUAGCAGGAAGUGGCCUCUUCGCUACAGUUACGAAUGCCUCAGUUGCGUCAUGCGGCAAAUCCCCAAUUAGUUAUCCCAACCCCUUUCGUGUCUGGGCUUCACUGAGUCUCCUGCUUCCACCCGCUACUCAUCAGAAGUGCUGGAUUGAUAUGAUGAAGAUGGUGGUCGACGAAAACGGAGAGGUGUACACCGGUCAAGAAGGCGUUCGCGUUGAGGUCGACGGAUAUGGCGGGAUUCACGCGAUUGAUUACCUAGACUACUACAUGAACAACACCUACGGCGUCCCUGCCAGCGCGUACAUGCAUGUGAUGCUCCGCACUCUCAUGUCGCUCCACUACUCGCAGUUCGUCACUCUCCGAGGGGUUCCUUACGACUGGCGCUUACCCCCUUGGCAACUGGACUAUGCGCAACUCAAGACAGACAUCGAGGACCGAUACACGGAAAUGAACAACAGAAAAGUUGACCUGAUCGCCCACAGCUUGGGCAGCAUUAUUCUGUGUUACUUCUUGAACCGCAUCGUCGACCAAGCGUGGAAAGACAAAUACAUCGGCUCGAUGACGAUCGUUGCGGCGGCGACUGGAGGCAGUUUCAAGGCGAUAAAAUCCCUGCUUUCGGGGUACGACGACGCAACUGAUGUAGAUAUCUGGAAUGUCAUCGAUAUCAGCCUGUUCCCCGCAGGUCUCUUGAGAGACUUGCUGCAAACCAUGGGGUCGAUUUUCGCACUUCUUCCGGAUCCCGCGAUCUACGGCCCGGACCAUGUGGUCGCGCGUGUCGCGCGUCCAACGCAGGUGCCGGCUUCAUCCUCGGCAUCUGCGUUUGCUCCGUUAACAGGCAGAAGCGACAGAGCUGCAAAAAAGGCUGAGGGAACGACGCCAACUGCGUUGCGUUGGUCUCAUUCUGGGGAGAUGCGCCGUCUCGACGCCGUUCUGACGGACGAGGUAGGGGGACCGGAGAGUGGAGCAAGAGAGCUAAAGAGUGAACAGGCCUUCUCGCUGCUUUCUGAACUCGCGAAGGAUAACGUGGAAGUCGAGAAAGAGGAGGCGGAGGGAGAAACGAAUACACGGUUUCACAAGUAUCCUGACUUUGCUCCCGGUGAUCAAAUGGAAGAGGAAGAACUGGCGAAGGCAGAAGAACGGCGAGAUGCACUGCUUCGAGAGUUUCAGUUGCAGAACCGUCUUUCGCAUGAAGACAGGGCGGCAAGGCAAAGAGAGAGAUACAGUCUGUUCGUCGAGAAGGAACAGCGGCGUUUGGAAGAGGCGCUUCGCGUGGCGCAGGAACAGAGGCUCGAGGAGGAUGUUUAUACACUGUCCAAUUGGACUUCGCUUCUUCCUGCAAAUUUACAACGAAGAGUCAAGACUGCGCAAGAAAAGAUGGCAGGUGUUGUGGCGGAUCCCGGGGUCCCUGUCCGCUGUAUUUGGAGCAAGUUUUCUCAGCCCACGACGGAUGUUGCGUACUACUACCCAACCGGGUCUUUAGAUACUCACCCUAUUCGCAUCUUCGAUUACGGCGACAAUACGGUCCCUCUGGCCUCUCUUUCACUCUGCGCCUCUUGGCCCUCCACCGUGCAAACAAAAGUUUUCGACAAUCUUGACCACAUGUUCCUCUUUGCGGAUCGGGGAUUCAAUAAUUUCAUUUUCGAUAUCUUCAGUCCUGAUGCUAACCCGUUCUUGUCCUCCCUUUUGGGGGAACAGGAGGAAGUGAUGAAACGUGAUAUCCCCAGUCCGCAGGAGUCCGUGCCUGCUGGACGCGGUGCGAUUAUGGCAGACAGCACGUAG